AUGGGCAAAGAUUACUACAAAACGCUGGGCAUCUCUAAAGGAGCGACAGAGGAGGAUAUAAAGAAAGCGUACAGAAAACAGGCGUUGAAAUGGCACCCGGACAAAAACAAGUCUGCAGCCGCCGAGGAGAAAUUUAAGGAAAUCGCUGAGGCUUAUGAAGUCCUCAGUGAUCCGAAGAAAAGAGAAGUUUAUGACCAGUAUGGAGAGGAAGGUAAUGUGGGCUUUAUGGUCUUUUAUUCAUCCCUGCUGCGGCUCUAAAUUUAGCCGAAACACACCGUAAUAAAUCCGCUAUACAGUGGAGAAGAUUGGGCAUAAAACACAGCUGGCUUUAAUUCAAGUCACACACAGUUACCAGAGGGAGGCCUCAAAACAGCUGUUCAGUAUAUCAGACUUAAGUCCUUCAUCAUCUAAGUCCUUAAAUGUCUCUACUCUAAGUUAAUUAGAAAUAUGUCCCCAUCUCAACCAUAGAUUUUCUGAGAAAUGUCUGUUAUUCUGAUUAUGCCUGAGCUUUUUUGCAGCAGUCUGUACAUCCACAGCAUAGCAUUUAAGCACUAGGGUGUAAUUAAUAUAAGAAGGUGGGAGGCAAAGGCCACAGAUCCACAAUAAAACAAAUUAUACCAGUGAAAGGUGGUUAUUAUGCUUUUAAUUUAUAAUAUGAUGUUGCAAACAUCACUAGAAGCACUUAGUUAAAGCAGAAAAAUCUAAUUUCAGAUGUAAAUAUUGCCAAAUCACAAUAAUAGAAACUCUAGACAUUGAAUUAUGGGUCUGUAAAGGGGCACAAUAUGGCUGCUUUCAAGGCUAACCAAAACCUGUAAAACAGCCUUCAUAAGAGAUACCAAACACUAGAGUUAUAAUCUUUUAAUUGAUUGGGGUUUUGACUCUAAAGUCUAUUAAAACAAAACAUUUUCAUGUGAAUUGUGUUAGUUUAUGCAGCAAAAGCACCAAAAACACCAAACUUGACCUACUUUGUGCCAUAUAGAGUAUUCUGUUGAAUCUGGAUCCAAUCUUUGGUACCCUACCUUAAAAGUUUUAGACAUUAGGUUUAAUAUAUGAUGUUAAUCUUUAAAUACAAAUCAAUCCGGCUUAUUUUAGGUAAUAAAACAGUGUUAUUAGUUGUUUUAAUAUAAUCUCUAUUUCAAAUUCGUGGUCUUUCUAACAGUAAUGCUUCAUUUGAACAGCACUAUUUUAGUCCAUUUUCAUUUUGUGAGGUCUAUUCAGUGAUGAGAUUUUAUUUCAGCUCCAAAAAUUAUUUAGUUUUCCUCAUGACAGCUUCUUUUAUGGACCUGUAACUAUGCUGAAAUAAAAAAUAAAAUAGAUAUUAUGAAAUGGACUAACUGAACCAGUUCCUUAGCUGAGUUGUAGUUCUAUAACACUCAAGCUUUUUUCAAGCUUUUAUUUUGUAAUUUAUUGGGACUCUUCUUAUGUCAGGCAUUGGGAUGCUAAAGGUUGCUAUGGUGCUCAGAAACCAGACAGUGGGCCGUCGUGACUGAAUUCAUUUCAGCCAAAACACUGAAUCUUUUAGUGGCACUGACUAAUAAACCAUUGACACCAUCAAUUAAUCUGGUGCUCACCCAACAAACCGAUUAGUCCUUGGUUGGUUGGUUGAAGUAUUUCCAAAUAUGGACUUUUAUAAUUCUAGUGUUUUAUCUGUUCAACAUUUUCAGUUCUGACUAAGAAUGUAAAGGAGCAAAUUCUGACAUUUCAGAAGCUGAGAUCAUCCAAUGAUUGAUGUCUUUGUUUGCAUUUGCAUCAGAAAUUAAUCUCCUGUUGCCUCUCGCGGCUCUAAUAAACUCCAUUCAAUGAGGAUUAGUCACUUCAUGGCUGGCACCUGAUCAGUGGACUAGAUUGUGGAUUGCUGCUGUCGAAGCAGACAUCCCUCAUGUCAGAAAGCUCUUGCUGCUGAAUGUCAGCGUUAGGAUGACUCAUCAAUCAUUUGUGUUCCCUUUCAGGUCUCAAGGGAGGAAAUGGGCCCACUGCUGACGGCCAAGGCAGCACCUUCACAUACACCUUCCACGGGGACCCGCACGCCACCUUCGCCACGUUCUUUGGGGGUUCAAACCCCUUUGAGAUGUUCUUUGGGCGUAAAGCCAACGGCAGAGAUGACGAAGACAUGGAAGUGGACGGAAACGACCCCUUCAGCUCUUUCCCCAGCUUCAACCUGAACGGAUUCCCACGGGACGGGCACAUUGGACCAGGAGGGCCCCAGCGCCGGAAGCAGGACCCGGCCAUCAUCCAUGAACUGAGGGUCUCCCUGGAGGAGGUCUUUCACGGCUGCACCAAGAGGAUGAAAAUCUCCCGCAAAAGGCUAAAUCCGGAUGGCAGGACCAUGCGCACAGAGGAUAAGAUCCUCACGAUCGAGAUCAAGCGGGGCUGGAAAGAGGGAACCAAGAUCACUUUCCCACGGGAAGGAGACGAGUCGCCAAACACAAUUCCUGCUGACAUUGUAUUCGUCAUCAAGGACAAGCCACACCCCCAUUUUAGGCGAGAGGGCUCGAACAUUGUCUAUCCUGUACACGUGAGCUUGCGACAGGUGAGGCAUUUUUCUAUUUUGGCUCCCACUUUGACUGAGUGUAUCAGUAUUAAUAGACUCUGAUGGAUGGAUUAGUCACCCAGCAGGCAGAGUCAGAACAAGCUCACAUUUAAGUUUAGAGUGCUGCUUUAAAGCUCUGAUGCUCAAAACGAUCAAUAGUUUGUAGGAAGUCUGCCUCUGAAGUCGUUUCCCCUGGAAUGUACAGCUGUACUGAAUGAGUAUAGUACUGGACUACACACACACUUAACUGGGCACUUGUGUAAUCUAAAUCAUCCACAUUGAGAAAUAGGAGCUGUAUCCCAGGGUGGGCGGAGAGGCGGCGCCCGCCCACACACGCUCACACACUUCAAGAUGGACUUAUAUGGUUCCUCCUACUCUUAGAGAGAAAUCUCACCGCCUCAUCUCUGAUUUUAAAUUAAAAUUAUGCUUCUUAUAAUUCAAAGGUUGUAUAAGUGUAUCGGCAGGAAAGCUCUGUCUUGACUUUGAGAGCAGUUUGAUAGAAAUGAUCCAAACUCAAAGGUUACUCUCCAGCUGUUCCAGAGCUUUCCACAGCAUCUCACAGUCCUCAUCAGAAAGACAAAGAGGGGAAAGAAGGACAUGGGAAAGUUAAUGGAUCAAGUCCAACUCCAAAACCCAUCAUUGUACAGUGAGAUUAGGACCACCUGUUGUCACCUGAUGACAACUGAGUCAUCUCCGCCACAACAGCUGAGCAAACUCAGAGAACAGAGUUAGAGAUUCAGUUCAUGGCGGGUGAAAGCUCCAGAGAAGUUAUCAAGUCAACAUUAUUUUGUCAGAAUAGUUGCUCAAUGUGAAAAAAUCCAAGUUUGUAAAGCUUUAAAGGUGUUUUGAUCUAAAACGUUGAUAUUGAGAGGGCUGGUUUGGAGCGACGACUUGAAAAAAACAUCCAGUAGCUUUAAAAUCAACUCUGAAACAUCAGCUUUUGUACAUUUGUUGCAUAUUUGCAUUGUAAAUGUAUAGUUCGGCUCAGCUGAUUAAAACAAAAUCUAAAUACCAGAGACUAAUGUGGGGUUUAGAAACUGAUAUAUAACCAAAAACAUGUCAUUGUCAUAUGGUAUUGUUAUCAAGUAUAUGUCUCCAGGUCGGUGCAUAUUUUUGUCAGGAGUCCUAACAACAUGGACAACAGAUAAAACCUAAUUACUAGAUUUGCUAAUUGUAUAAUAAAGGGUCCAGUAUUGGUUAAGAUCUUACAGAAGAACAGUAUUGCUAAAAAAUACCUAUGUGUAAAAGUCACAGUGUGUAGAAAUAGGAAUAUUUAGCUGUAUCAAGCAGCCGAAUUCUAGACUGAAAUGCCCCCUUGCUCACCCCUCCUGUCAGUAAAGCGACGGUGUUCUUUGAAGACAAAAAGCUCUGACUGUCAAAACACAUUCAAGAACCACUCUCUUGUUCUUUGUCUUCCAACUAAAGCAGACACUCAUUAAAUAUAAAAAUGCACAUAAUUUGUUUGUUCUGUGCUACAGUAGAAACAUGGCCCUGCAAGACGGCAGCCUCCUGCACUCAGACAUGAAGUCAAGAGUGUGAAAACGCAUUUGCAUUUCAGUUAUUUAGUGCAGUUUAGUAAUUAUCUUUUUCACAGUGAGGCUGAGAUCAAUGUUAUUCUGCAGCAAAUACCUGUUAAUGUUGAUGAUGAAGGGUAAUCUGCUUGUCCAAGUUUCAAAGGAUGUGACUUUUGUUUCUAAAUGAACAGCACUUAGUCAUAACCGCCUGAUUUGAAUAUCAGUUGGAUUUUCUUCAUUUAAUGCCAGCCAUAGAUAAUGGAGCAUAUUCUUAGCAUUACCAUGACAUUCACUUCAUCAAAAUCACCCAGCUCUAUAUCGCACCAGCAGAGUCUUGGGUUAUUUUUGCACGCAGUACACCAUGUGUGGGUUGCUGUUCUCUAGAUUCUCACUUUGACUUGUUUGCUUUUCCUGUCUUUUCAGUCGUUGUGCGGAUGCUCGGUUACCGUGUCAACGAUAGAUGGGAAGACGUGCAACAUGAAGAUCACAGACGUCGUUAAGCCCGGCAUGAGAAAGACUGUGGCGGGGCAGGGUCUCCCUCUCCCCAAAAACCCAGAGCAGAGAGGGGAUCUGGUGGUGGAGUUUGAUGUGAACUUUCCUGACUCGCUGCCCGGCAACGCCAAGGACGUCCUGAAACGGCAUUUACCAACCUAG